UCAACUAUAUGUAACAAAACGAAACCUCUAACCACGACCACGACACACGAAGCAACACAAUCAAAUAAGAAAAUGGUGCAAUGACCACGUUAGCCAGUGUUACUCUUCUCACUCUCACUCGCUUCCCCUCUUCUUCUUACCAUUACUCCAACCGCUUUUUCACUCACACUCACAAAUUCAACCCUUUCAACACACCAAGUUUUUCUCUCUCUUCCAAAACACCCCAUCAACGCUACUUCAAUACCUCCGCUAAGAUAACAAUGGCUUCUGAUACAAUCACUGCCCCUUAUGGCUCCUGGAAAUCACCCAUCACUGCUGAUGUCGUCUCCGGUGCUUCCAAGAGGCUUGGUGGAACCGCGGUUGAUGGGAGUGGUCGACUCAUUUGGCUUGAAUCACGUCCGAGUGAAUCGGGACGGGCAGUACUUGUGCUUGAGCCGCAAAAUCCAGGGGGCGAGGCUGUAGAUAUUACUCCGAAGGAAUUUGGAGUGAGAACAUUGGCUCAGGAAUAUGGCGGUGGUGCUUUCACUGUUUCAGGAGAUGUUGUCUUUUUUGCUAAUUACAAGGAUCAGAGAUUAUACAAACAAUCCAUCUCUUCUCUUGAUGUGUCUCCUAUACCUCUCACUCCGGAUUAUGGUGGACCGACUGUAAGCUAUGCAGAUGGAGUAUUGGAUACACGCUUUAACCGUUUUAUUGCUGUAAGGGAAGAUCGUAGGGAAAGCAGUCAAAAUCCACCUACAACUAUUGUAUCUAUAGCACUUGGCAACAAGGAUGUUCAGGAACCUGAAGUACUAGUUGGUGGGAGUGACUUUUAUGCUUUCCCACGUCUAGACCCUAAAAGCGAGAGAAUAGCAUGGAUACAAUGGAGUCACCCCAACAUGCCAUGGGAUAAAUCAGAACUUUGGGUUGGUUAUAUUUCUGAAAAAGGAGAGAUCUACAAGAGUGUCUGUGUAGCUGGGUCCGAUCCUUCAGUUGUAGAGUCUCCAAUUGAGCCGAAGUGGUCUUCAGAUGGAGAACUUUUUUUCAUCACGGAUAGAGAAAGUGGUUUUUGGAAUCUCCAUAAAUGGAUUGAGUCAGAAAACAAGGUUGUGCCUAUUUAUUCUUUAGAUGCCGAGUUUGCAAGGCCACUAUGGAUUUUCGGUAUGAAUUCUUAUGAAUUUGUGCAAAGUCCCAAACAGAAAAAUCUAAUUGCUUGCAGUUACAGGCAGAAGGGGAAAUCAUAUCUCGGUAUUAUUGAUGAUGUGCCAGGCUCAAAACUAACUGUGCUUGAUAUCCCUUUCACCGAUAUCGAUAACAUUACUUCUGGUACUGAUUGCUUAUUCGUAGAAGGAGCAUCUGCAGUUCAUCCAUCAUCAGUCGCCAAGGUGACUUUAGACGACAAUAAAUCAAAAGUAGCCGACUUCAAUAUUAUUUGGUCCUCUUCACCCGAUAGUUUAAAAUAUAGUUCGUACGUCAGUAAGCCAGAGUUGAUUGAAUUCCCAACUGAAGUUCCUGGGCAAAAUGCUUAUGCAUACUUUUAUCCACCAUCUAAUCCUACGUACCGAGCCGUUGAAGGAGAAAAGCCUCCAUUGCUAUUGAAGAGCCAUGGAGGACCAACGGCUGAAACACAUGGAGUUUUAAAUUUGAGCAUUCAGUACUGGACUAGUCGGGGCUGGGCGUUUGCCGAUGUUAAUUACGGUGGCAGCACUGGUUAUGGAAGAGAGUACAGGGAUCGGCUUUUAGGAAGCUGGGGAAUAGUGGAUGUCAAUGACUGUUGUAGUUGUGCUACAUAUUUGGCGGACAACGGAAAAGUUGACAGGGAGCGGCUGUGUAUAACAGGGGGCUCUGCUGGUGGAUAUACUACCUUAGCUGCACUUGCUUUUAAAGAUACUUUCAAGGCCGGAGCAUCUUUGUAUGGUGUAGCUGACUGUCAUACCCCAAUUUUUGACCCUAAGAUCCUAUAUCAUUCACAUCUCAAUCACUAAUCAAGAGCUUCACUUGGAAGUUUUGUUUAUGGUGUUGCACUCACCUCAUCAAUAAGAGGGACUAUCAAGCACCAAUGAUUGUGUAUCUUGUAUGCUUAUACUAACCCAAAUACCAAAAAUAUUGCUUUGUUUCUUUGUAGACUUUUGUUUUGUAGGUACCAAGCCAAGACAUGCAAUAAACAAGGCAUUUUUCACAUUUUUGACUGAUGAAAUCGAUUUCCCUACUGGGUAAAUCGAUUUCCCUGCAGCAAUCUUCACCAAAAUCACAUUCUGGACAGCAUGAAAUCGAUUUCCCUCCUGGGUAAAUCGAUUUCCCUAGUGUAUUUUGCGCCAAUUUCUCUUCUGGAACAGAGUGAAAUCGAUUUCCCUCCUGGGUAAAUCGAUUUCCUUCAGGCAAAAUUCAAAAAAUAUGAGGGAAGCUUGACAUCAUUUUGGCACCUUUUUCUUUGAUCAUUUUACCAAUUUUCCACCUCAUCAAAAUUAACUCCUUCAUUAAACCCACUUAAACCUCAUUUUACCUUUUCUUACCAUUUAAACACCACUUUAAUCACCAAUUAAACACAAGCUAAUUACCAAAUGCAAAAUGACCAAAUUGCCACUACUCUUGCUCCAAUUCUAUAAAUAGAGGCCUUGCCUCUCUCAUUUCUCAAGCUUUGGAUAGCCAAAAAAGUUCUUGCAAAUUCAUUUCUCAAGCUUUGAGAGCCAACAAAUCCCUUGCAAUUUCUCUCCUCAUCCCUACCAAAUUCACCAAAGCUCUUUUUCUUUCAUAAAGUUUGUGAGUCACAUCUUGAACCUCACAAACUUUGAGCUAAGCCACCAUCCAUUUCACUCUUUUUUCUUCAAUUGUUGAGAGAUCAAGAUUUGUGUUGGUGAUUCUUGAAGUAGAUCCAAGUUUGUGCAAGAUUUGGUAAAUUCUCUUCAUCCUUUUUGUGUAUCAUGAUGUAGAUCCUUUGUGGUUUGUGUUCAAUGCAUCUUUGAUGCUAUAUUGGUGCUAUUUGUUGUUGAUUUGAUGGAAAAUUCGUGCUCCAAUUGAUGUGUGAUCAUAAGGUGUUUGUAUGUUUGUUCAAGUCAAGUUUUAUGCCUCUAAAUGCUGUUUUUGCUGGAUUUUGCACUGAGGAAAUCGAUUUCCUUAAGGCUGAAAUCGAUUUCCUGCUGAACGUAACUUGUUUUUUUUGAAAACUGCACUAUGGAAAUCGAUUUCCCUCUGCAUGAAAUCGAUUUCCUGCUGGCAGAAUGUGGUUUUUUUGCCUUUUUUAUGCUUGUUUUGGCUUCCUACUUCCUCCACUUCAUUAAUAUCAUUGGAUCUAGGAUGUUGAUAGGUUUGAAAUGACCUAAUCCAUAAUAUUAGAUGAAUGAUAUUAAUGAUAGUGUGAGUUGAUUAUCUUUUAUGUUUUCAUUCUUAUUUUCAUCUUAUCUUUCUUUUGAUCGAUGAAAGUCUUGACAUCUUGAGAAUUCUAUGGAUUCUUGAUGAAGACUAGAUCAAUUUGUUUUCAUUCUUAAUUUCAUCUUAUCUUUCUUUUGAUCGAUGAAAGUCUUAACAUCUUGAGAAUUCUAUGGAUUCUUGAUGAAGACUAGAUCAAUUUGUUUUCAUUCUUAAUUUCAUCUUAUCUUUCUUUUGAUCGAUGAAAGUCUUAACAUCUUGAGAAUUCUAUGGAUUCUUGAUGAAGACUAGAUCAAUUUGUUUUCAUUCUUAAUUUCAUCUUAUCUUUCUUUUGAUCGAUGAAAGUCUUAACAUCUUGAGAAUUCUAUGGAUUCUUGAGGAAGACUAGAUCAAUUUGUUUUCAUUCUUAAUUUCAUCUUAUCUUUCUUUUGAUCGAUGAAAGUCUUAAUAUCUUGAGAAUUCUAUGGAUUCUUGAUGAAGACUAGAUCAAUUUAUUUUCCUUAUUAUCUUUUCAUCAUAUUUGCUUUUGAUCGAUGAAAGUCUUAAUAUCUUGAGAAUUCUAUGGAUUCUUGAUAAAGGCUAGAUCAUUUCUUCUUCUCCUUCUUAUUUCUUUUGAUUAAUAAUCUUGAUACAUGGAGAGUUCUCCUACAUUUGUCCCGACUCGAUAAAAAGAUCAAACGUGGAAGAGAAUUGUAUGCGGUUGAUUUAAGACUUGUGGAGGUUUUUAUCGUGUAGUCGCUAUGAUUUUAUCAAGCUUCUGAUAAGCCCCAUUGACUUUAAAUCCGAGUACAUCAUUCACUCACCAUAGAUCUUCCUACUAACUUUGAUAACAUACUUGACAAGUUUCAAGAUGGUUAUCUUUAACAUUUAACAACUAACUUUAAUUUCCGCACCUUUAUAUUACCGCUCUUUAUAUUACCGCUCUUUAUAUUUUUCGCUUUAUCGCUUUACUUUAUCAUUUCAUCAUAUUUACUUUCCGCCAUUUUCUCUUUGUCCAUUUGGACGUUUAUAAUUCCGCUAUUUUCUCUUUGUCCACUUGGACAUAUGUUUAUGUUUCCGUUAUUUUUCUUUUGUCCACUUGGACCAUACUUUACUCUUUCGCUAAAACACUAAUAAAUAACCAAAAUCUAAAAAAACACAUAAGGCUCUCUUUGGACUAUCGGUUACUAUCCCUAGCGCUUUGGAGAUUCGGACUUAUGGACCUAGUACCUCUGGACUCAUUCUAUUACUAUCCUGUGAUUGUUCUGUCUGUCUGGCAUUGUUCUGUUGUAUGUUUAUGUGUGCAGGUAUUUCCUUGAAAGCCCUUGAUGGUUAAUUCCAAGGCAUUGAAAUAAGGAUUUUACCCGAAAACAGCCGUUACUCUGCCCGAUUUUCGUCAGAACCUUAAUGUGCUUAAUGCAAAGUGGUGCUAAGACAAUAAGUUCAUCUGGAUCCCCAAGUGUUAAUGUGUUGGUAUUGAUAAAUCCAAAGGAUGGGAAAACUACCUUGGCUCUUAAUGUCAAGUGUUGGCUUCUUAUUUGGUUAGACUGUUUCUUUCCUUAGCUUUUAUUUUAUGCACUAGGUUAGCCUCUUCAUCUCCUCCCAUUCUUAAAUUUUCAAAAUCUUCUCCCUUUUUCCAAAACAUUCUUAUGUUUGCAAACCUUUUCAAAACCUUUUCUUAAAAAUAUCUUUCGCCCUUAGUGGCUUUUCUUCAAAAGUUUAGACACCGUUAAUUGUCGAAACGAGUGGUUAUACCCCACGAUUUUGAAAUUGAUUGAUAAUAACGAGAUCUUCUCCGCGUGAGAGAGCUAGUGGCAUACUCGUUGAUUUUAUCCGAGUUGGAGCCCUUCUUUCAUUUGCGAUGCAAAGAACUUGUUUGUUCUCAUGCUCAAGAUCAAUGGCUGAGUAUUUCUCUCUAACGACACCAAAGUGUUUAUUCGUUUUUUUAAAAUGCGUUUUCCCAAAAGCGGAACUACAUUAGCUCUGACUUCUCCAUUGCACCGAGGAGGUAUGUAGGCCCAAAGCUUAACGCUUUGCCGAGCUUAUUUUAAAAAUAAAACAAACCGUUUUUAGCACACACACAACACAGAUUUUCAAAAAGGUUCCCGUGGAGUACCACGGAUAUGAGGGGUGCUUUAAACCUUCCCCUCAUAUAAUCAACACCCGAACCUGAGUUCUCUUUCUUGUUUUAAAAAAAACAAAACUUUGGGUUUUACGUUCUUUUCCCUUUUCCUUUGAAAAAAUAAAGCGCGGUGGCGAUUUCAAAACGGAAUAUUGAUUCGAGUCAAUCCCAUGGCUUCGAUGUCAGAUUUUCCCCGCUACAGAAAAAUGGCGACUUCACUGGGGAUCCAGUUUUUUAAGUGUGUUAAGCCUAUUUUUGUUUUUCUGUGUGUUUUUAUCUGUAUAUAUUGUUGUGUGCUUUGUUUGUUUAUUUUCUUUUUUUUUCUUUUUGGUGCUCGAUGGUUCCUCUGUGAUGAGAUAAAGUUCUAACCCGAACUUUGGUGAGUAACUUGAGAUAGGAGGUGGUAAGACCAAUAGUCGCAUGUCAGGAGCAAUCCUUACCAUGAGCGUCAUAUGGUGGAACCCCAAUCAGUGGAGGCCUCAUGGAAGGUAGUAGAGGUUGUUACGAACCAUCGUGAUAACGCUAUUACUUUCAAUAGUGAGUGUCCGUAGAAGCUGAAUGACCUAGAACCCUUUUAACCAAUCUAAGCCUUUUUAGGAUGUAGUGCAGAAACAAGAUCAAGUACCAAUUUGAGCUUGUUGUCAUGCGAUACUACGCUCAGACGAGGUCUUUUUAGGCAUAUUAUUGGCGCCCAUGAGCAAUUGUGCGUGCCGGUAAUAUCCGAUAGAAGAUUGAAAACUCUGGGAACCUUUGUAGAACCCGAUUGGCAGGUACAAAACUCCUUAGAUCAUACCUUUUGGGAUGGGUAGACCCAUGGCUCCAUGCUCGUGACGUCGAACCUUUAAACUAUGAUCUUAUGUGACCUUGCGUGCUCUUGAUUGUGAUUGAUGCACAAACCAUGCAUUCAUGCAUCCAUGAAAACUCUUUUUCUUUUGAUUUUCAAGGAACUUAGAGGUCUUUCCUUGUAAACAUCAUAAGUUUCAUCAAACUCAAUGGAUCUUGGGUGUUGAUGGGGUGAAAACUCUAAUCCACCAAAAUGGAUGAUUGAUUUUGAUGAUAACUUAAUCGAAGCUUUAGUCCAAUGUUUGAGUGUUUUCAAGUUAAUAUCUCAAGUUCCUUGAAACUCAAAUAAAAAAAGCAAAUUAUUUGCAUUGCAUGCAUCAUUCUGCAUUUGGUCUUGCUCUCUAAAGAAGUUUUUUCCAGAGCCUUAUUUCCUUUCUCCUGGUAUCAUCAGUGCAACGCUCGUGCUAAGAAGAAAUGGAAAGUAUCAAACAAGAGAUUCUUGAACUCCGCAAAGAGGUGGUUACUUUGAAGGCUGGUAUGGAGCAUCUGACUGCUCUGGUUGAGGCUCUAGUUGCUGCCCAAGUCAAUCCUCCUAUGAUGGAAGAAAGGAUGGCAAAGGUCUUUCUUGAAACUCUGAACUCGUUCUUUCCCAAGGGGACAGUAGUCAGUACACCUGCUGACUUCCACAGAGAGGUGGGUAUGAAAGCGCUUCUAGAAAAGGAUGUCCGAAAGGAAUGUUUGUUUGAAGAAGGUAACUCAGCUGGUAGUGUGAAGAAGUUUGGUAAUGACUUUUCAAAGAAGAGAAUCAGGGGAGGAAACAAUCAUCAUCAACAUCAUCAUGUUUCCUAUAUCAUUCCUGUAUCCAAUUCAAUUCAUGCAACUCCAGAUUAUCAACAAAGUACUCGUCAACAAGCUCCUCCACUGAAUGAGCAAAAUCAAUCUCGAAAGCCUAAUUUUGAUCCUAUCCCUAUGACCUACACAGAAUUGUUCCCUGCUCUAAUUCAUAAGAAUUUGGUUCAGACAAGGUCACCACCUCCAAUUCCAGAGAAGAUUCCAUGGUGGUACAAUGCUGAUGUUACUUGCGCUUUUCAUCAGGAUGCUCCCGGACACAGUUUAGAAGAUUGUUGGGCUCUAAAGGUUGAAGUUCAAAGAUUGACUCGUGCUGGUAUUUUGUCUUUCCGAGACAUUGGCCCUGAUGUUCAAGCCAAUUCUUUGCCAAAGCAUGAAUGAAUCACUAUUGAUGGUAGCCUGAAGUUUGAAAGAUGUUUCCUUCAGCACAAACCCAGAUGGAGAAAGCCUUCUCAGUUUUUUUAGUAUUCUUACUGAUUUUCAUUUGUAAUAUUACUUGUUUUUCAAAUGCAUUGUUUGCAUGUAGAAACUUGUUUAUUUUUGAAUGUUAAUGCUAAUGCAACAAUAAUGUUUGUCUUACUCAUGUUUAUUUGUUUUUAUGCAUUAUGAUACCAAUUGCUUUUGCCAAACUCUUGCUUAUGCAAAGAUUGGAGGGAGGAUGAUGAUCUGAAAACGCAAAAUUUCUGGUUAUAUGCUCUUGAAUAAAACCCUGCUGAUGAUGUACAGGCAUUGUUUCAAAUUCCCAAACACCGGAGAUAUAAGGAAGAUAAUCCCUUGUUAACCCCUUUGAGCCUUGAAGUAGGAGUUUCUUUUCUAAAUGAAAAAACCCUAAUUUUUAACCUGGGGCAGGGUAGUGUUCAGUUAAUUUGACCGAGUGUUCAUAUUUCAAAAAGGAUUGUGCAUCCAAAGGUCAAGCAUGUCAUAUCCACAUCAAUGGUUGGAUCAUGGGAAACCACAAUGGUUAUUCCCCGCGCAUCAAAAGACUGGAAAAUGUGAAACCACAAUGGUUUUCCUCCAUACGCCAAGGAAUGAGGCAGUCACAACCCUCUCAACAAGUCAAGACAAAGUCAAUGUCACACGAUUUGUUCAAAUCAAAAGAAUAAAAAGGAAAGAAAAAAGAAAGAAGAAAAAAGCUCGCUAAGUCAAAAACUUGAAAACAAAUGACUUAGGCAAAAGUUAGAGCAUCCCGCUGGACGACCAAUUAAGAGAAUUAGUCCAGGCAAAAGUUAGGGAAAUAAAAAAAAAAAAAAAGAGAAAAGAGUGAAAAGUGAAAAGAAAGGACUACAAAGCAAAAGUCCUCAACAAUGAACAAAUCUCUGUGAAUACAAAAAUGAAGACAAAAGGGUGACUGCUACUCCAAGAAAGCUUCAUCAAGUCCUUAAUGGCACAAAAUCCUUUUGAGAGGUGAAUACUCAUGUUGAAUUAACUGAACGUAGGACUGGAGAACAUCACGAAGAUGGGGUGGGCUAAAUAAACUUUGAGCCUAAAAAUCUUUUUUUCUGAAAACCGUGAACCAGGCCACGUUACAACCCUCAAAAGUCCUAAUUGAAGCAGGGUUUAUUUCGAGAGCAUACUUAAACAAGAAAGCGUUCCUGACUCCUAUCAGUUAUGCUGAAAACUUGUGUUGGUAUCAUAUGCAUACAAAAAUCAAUGUCAUUCCCUAACCAGUGAUUCAUUCACAAGGUUUUGUGACAUCUUUUCAAUAAAACUUCAAGACUUACAUAAUUGUUGCAUUUUCAUUAUCAUUCUCAGAAUAAACAUUUUUCUGCUUGUAAACAUUUGUUUGACAUUCAGGAAGUUUACAUCUGAUCAUCAGUAGAAAACUAAAACAUUGCCAGGGGCAUGCUGUUUUCCCAGUAUAAUACUUUUGCAAGUUUGAUUACCAUCAUGGGGCAAAUCUCGAAGACUUUGUCGAGUAAAAGAAUGUGCCAAGUUUAGUCAAUCUGGGGCAGUUACGUCGAGAUUUGACAAAUCUCUCCAAGAAUCUGUUGAUCUGGGGCAGAUUAUUCCAAGUCUUCAUGACGCCAAGGAUCUCUAUGAACCUUUUUGAGGUAGUUUCCUCUCAUAGAAUACGUAGUCUGGGGCAAGUUGUGAAUCAGAAGUUACCUUGAUCAUCUCAUUAGCUUGAAGUACAAAGGUUGUUGCCAUGAUUAAUCCAGAGUAUGUCACUCUCUACCAAGAAGUUUUGAGACAACGGUUGACUGUUGGGUUUUCUUUCUCACCUUGUGUUGAGUUUGGAACUAAAAUCCCCCGCAUGUUAACUUGUUUACUUUGAUGUUAACUUCUUAGUUCCUCUGCAAGUUCAUAAUGGUGAUUUUCUCCAAAGAAAUUUUCUCUGAUUCCCCAUAAUAGAGCUUGGGGUGUUGCCCGAUCUUUUGAUAAGAAGGGGAUGAUCUGUAAAUUCCUUGCAGAGACUGAUAAUCCCCAAUGAGUUUGUUCCUCGUGGAAGAAUUUUGCUUCGGUGUUCCUCCUCAUCUCAUUUGUUAGGAUGGAAUUAAUCCCCAGUUGAGUUUAUUCCUCAAGGGGCAAAGCUUUGUUUGGCCGUUUUUGUCCAGUUUGUUCUUGGAGCUGAACUUUGGUCUCUUGCAAUACUAUUUUGAACCUCUCUAGGCUGGGAAACCUAGAUUGAGAAGGCAUUUAUUUUGCACCUCUUGAGGAUUCUGCUUUCCCCAAUAAUGGAGAAUUCAUUUGUGAUUGAUGUUCUUAUCAGAUAUUGAAAGGCUUAUUUCCCACCAGUGUUGUCAUUGCACUCCGUUGGAAUUUGUACUUGAAAGCAAGAGGCAGGUUCUGUCCUUAGCAUGUUUUGUUGACAACGAAUGCAAGCCUCUUUAUUUGAGCAAGUUUGUAUGUCUCCACAUAUCAAUCUUAUCCUCAAAGCAAGUGAUAAUCUCUCAGGCUUUAUGAACUUCUUGAUUCCCAAAUGGAAGAAGCUCAGCAAAUGGUAAGUCGCUUCAGUAUAAGUGACAGUUUGCAGUCAAGCAGAAAAAGCUCACUUUCCUUGAAAAUCCCCAUUGAAUUUGUUUCUAGGUGGAUAAUAUGUUUCAGUUAUUCUGUUCAGAUGUCUACGAACAGAAUACCAGUGAGUUUUUUCCCUCACUUGGUCCAGUCUUUUUGAGGCAGCUUCUUUCCAUUUGUUCAUGGAUUGAAUUUUGGUUGCUGGACAAUGAAUAUUGAGAUUAUGCAUUUGUGUUGGCAUCCUCAAAUCAUUAUUGAUUGCUCUUCACCAUCAGUGAUACGAUGUACAUCUCCUUCUACCUCCAGUGGGACGUUGGUAGUUCACCUUCAGUGGAACGUUGGUGUAUUUUGUUAUCUUUAUCGUUAGUGGUACGGCGAUACAUCUCUUUCUACCUCCAGUGGGACGUUGGUAGUUCACCUUCAGUGGAACGUUGGUGUAUUUUGUUAUCUUCAUCGUCAGUGGUACGUCGAUGUAUUUCUCUUCAAUACCUUCAGUGGAACGUGGGUAUGUGUUAUCGUUAGUGGUACGGCGAUACAUCUCUUUCUACCUUCAGUGGAACGUGGGUAUGUGUUAUCGUCAGUGGUACGGCGGUACAUCUCUUUCAUCGUCAGUGGUACGUCGAUGAAUCAUCUCCUUUUAUAUCAUCAGUGGUACGAUGGUAUAUCUCCUUAAUACCUUCAGUGGAACGUUGGUAUGUGUUAUCGUCAGUGGUACGGCGGUACAUCUCUUUCAUCGUCAGUGGUACGUCGAUGAAUUACAUCUCCUUAUAUCAUCAGUGGUACGGUGGUAUAUAUCUCUUCAUACCUUCAGUGGAACGUGGGUAUGUGUUAUCGUCAGUGGUACGGCGGUACAUCUCUUUCAUCUUCAGUGGUACGUCGAUGAAUUAUCUCCUUUUAUAUCAUCAGUGGUACGGUGGUAUAUAUCUCUUCAUGCCUUCAGUGGAACGUUGGUAUGUGUUAUCGUCAGUGGUACGGCGGUACAUCUCUUUCAUCGUCAGUGGUACGUCGAUGAAUUACAUCUCCUUAUAUCAUCAGUGGUACGGUGGUAUAUAUCUCUUCAUGCCUUCAGCGGAACGUUGGUAUGUGUUAUCGUCAGUGGUACGGCGGUACAUCUCUUUCAUCGUCAGUGGUACGUCGAUGAAUCAUCUCCUUUUAUAUCAUCAGUGGUACGGUGGUAUAUCUCCUUAAUACCUUCAGUGGAACGUGGGUAUGUGUUAUCGUCAGUGGUACGGCGGUACAUCUCUUUCAUCGUCAGUGGUACGUCGAUGAAUCAUCUCCUUUUAUAUCAUCAGUGGUACGGUGGUAUAUCUCCUUAAUACCUUCAGUGGAACGUUGGUAUGUGUUAUCGUCAGUGGUAUGGCGGUACAUCUCUUCAUCAGUGGUACGGUGGUAUAUUUCCUUAAUACCUUCAGUGGAACGUUGGUAUGUGUUAUCGUCAGUGGUACGGCGGUACAUCUCUUUCAUCGUCAGUGGUACGUCGAUGAAUUACAUCUCCUUAUAUCAUCAGUGGUACGGUGGUAUAUAUCUCUUUCACACCUCCAGUGGAACGUUGGUAUGUAUUAUCGUCAGUGGUACGUCGAUAAAUCAUUUCCUUCUAUAUCAUCAGUGGUACGGUGGUAUAUAUCUCUUCAUGCCUUCAUUGGAACGUUGGUAUGUGUUAUCGUCAGUGGUACGGCGGUACAUCUCUUCAUCAGUGGUACGAUGAUCUGAUUUCUGUUAACAGAAGAUGGGUAUUCAGAUACAUACUGUCUCAUCCCCAGUGAAAGAGGAUGACCCCUUUUCUCAUCCCCAGUGAAAGAGGAUGCUCUAACCUCUCUGACGCGAAGUGUUUCCCCAGAGAAAUUUCUUUUCCCACUAAAAGUUCCGUCUCCAACAAAGUCUUGCCUUCCUCAGAGGAGUUCCUACUUGCAAGACAUCUGUUUCCCCAGCGGAGUUAUAUCAAGACAUUUGUUUUCCCCAGUGGAUCACCUGAUACUCCCCAGUGUUAUCAUUAUCAUCACAUGCAUUCAUUAACAUUGCAUUGCAUCUUAGGAUCAAAAAUUGUGUUUUAUAUAUUUAAGUCUCUUCGAUUUUUGUCAAAACGAAGAUUUCCAAUCAUCGUAUCUCCAAAUCGAAGAAACUUAAAUAGGGGCAUCUGUCAUACCCCAAUUUUUGACCCUAAGAUCCUAUAUCAUUCACAUCUCAAUCACUAAUCAAGAGCUUCACUUGGAAGUUUUGUUUAUGGUGUUGCACUCACCUCAUCAAUAAGAGGGACUAUCAAGCACCAAUGAUUGUGUAUCUUGUAUGCUUAUACUAACCCAAAUACCAAAAAUAUUGCUUUGUUUCUUUGUAGACUUUUGUUUUGUAGGUACCAAGCCAAGACAUGCAAUAAACAAGGCAUUUUUCACAUUUUUGACUGAUGAAAUCGAUUUCCCUACUGGGUAAAUCGAUUUCCCUGCAGCAAUCUUCACCAAAAUCACAUUCUGGACAGCAUGAAAUCGAUUUCCCUCCUGGGUAAAUCGAUUUCCCUAGUGUAUUUUGCGCCAAUUUCUCUUCUGGAACAGAGUGAAAUCGAUUUCCCUCCUGGGUAAAUCGAUUUCCUUCAGGCAAAAUUCAAAAAAUAUAAGGAGGGAAGCUUGACAUCAUUUUGGCACCUUUUUCUUUGAUCAUUUUACCAAUUUUCCACCUCAUCAAAAUUAACUCCUUCAUUAAACCCACUUAAACCUCAUUUUACCUUUUCUUACCAUUUAAACACCACUUUAAUCACCAAUUAAACACAAGCUAAUUACCAAAUGCAAAAUGACCAAAUUGCCACUACUCUUGCUCCAAUUCUAUAAAUAGAGGCCUUGCCUCUCUCAUUUCUCAAGCUUUGGAUAGCCAAAAAAGUUCUUGCAAAUUCAUUUCUCAAGCUUUGAGAGCCAACAAAUCCCUUGCAAUUUCUCUCCUCAUCCCUACCAAAUUCACCAAAGCUCUUUUUCUUUCAUAAAGUUUGUGAGUCACAUCUUGAACCUCACAAACUUUGAGCUAAGCCACCAUCCAUUUCACUCUUUUUUCUUCAAUUGUUGAGAGAUCAAGAUUUGUGUUGGUGAUUCUUGAAGUAGAUCCAAGUUUGUGCAAGAUUUGGUAAAUUCUCUUCAUCCUUUUUGUGUAUCAUGAUGUAGAUCCUUUGUGGUUUGUGUUCAAUGCAUCUUUGAUGCUAUAUUGGUGCUAUUUGUUGUUGAUUUGAUGGAAAAUUCGUGCUCCAAUUGAUGUGUGAUCAUAAGGUGUUUGUAUGUUUGUUCAAGUCAAGUUUUAUGCCUCUAAAUGCUGUUUUUGCUGGAUUUUGCACUGAGGAAAUCGAUUUCCUUAAGGCUGAAAUCGAUUUCCUGCUGAACGUAACUUGUUUUUUUUGAAAACUGCACUAUGGAAAUCGAUUUCCCUCUGCAUGAAAUCGAUUUCCUGCUGGCAGAAUGUGGUUUUUUUGCCUUUUUUAUGCUUGUUUUGGCUUCCUACUUCCUCCACUUCAUUAAUAUCAUUGGAUCUAGGAUGUUGAUAGGUUUGAAAUGACCUAAUCCAUAAUAUUAGAUGAAUGAUAUUAAUGAUAGUGUGAGUUGAUUAUCUUUUAUGUUUUCAUUCUUAUUUUCAUCUUAUCUUUCUUUUGAUCGAUGAAAGUCUUGACAUCUUGAGAAUUCUAUGGAUUCUUGAUGAAGACUAGAUCAAUUUGUUUUCAUUCUUAAUUUCAUCUUAUCUUUCUUUUGAUCGAUGAAAGUCUUAACAUCUUGAGAAUUCUAUGGAUUCUUGAUGAAGACUAGAUCAAUUUGUUUUCAUUCUUAAUUUCAUCUUAUCUUUCUUUUGAUCGAUGAAAGUCUUAACAUCUUGAGAAUUCUAUGGAUUCUUGAUGAAGACUAGAUCAAUUUGUUUUCAUUCUUAAUUUCAUCUUAUCUUUCUUUUGAUCGAUGAAAGUCUUAACAUCUUGAGAAUUCUAUGGAUUCUUGAGGAAGACUAGAUCAAUUUGUUUUCAUUCUUAAUUUCAUCUUAUCUUUCUUUUGAUCGAUGAAAGUCUUAAUAUCUUGAGAAUUCUAUGGAUUCUUGAUGAAGACUAGAUCAAUUUAUUUUCCUUAUUAUCUUUUCAUCAUAUUUGCUUUUGAUCGAUGAAAGUCUUAAUAUCUUGAGAAUUCUAUGGAUUCUUGAUAAAGGCUAGAUCAUUUCUUCUUCUCCUUCUUAUUUCUUUUGAUUAAUAAUCUUGAUACAUGGAGAGUUCUCCUACAUUUGUCCCGACUCGAUAAAAAGAUCAAACGUGGAAGAGAAUUGUAUGCGGUUGAUUUAAGACUUGUGGAGGUUUUUAUCGUGUAGUCGCUAUGAUUUUAUCAAGCUUCUGAUAAGCCCCAUUGACUUUAAAUCCGAGUACAUCAUUCACUCACCAUAGAUCUUCCUACUAACUUUGAUAACAUACUUGACAAGUUUCAAGAUGGUUAUCUUUAACAUUUAACAACUAACUUUAAUUUCCGCACCUUUAUAUUACCGCUCUUUAUAUUACCGCUCUUUAUAUUUUUCGCUUUAUCGCUUUACUUUAUCAUUUCAUCAUAUUUACUUUCCGCCAUUUUCUCUUUGUCCAUUUGGACGUUUAUAAUUCCGCUAUUUUCUCUUUGUCCACUUGGACAUAUGUUUAUGUUUCCGUUAUUUUUCUUUUGUCCACUUGGACCAUACUUUACUCUUUCGCUAAAACACUAAUAAAUAACCAAAAUCUAAAAAAACACAUAAGGCUCUCUUUGGACUAUCGGUUACUAUCCCUAGCGCUUUGGAGAUUCGGACUUAUGGACCUAGUACCUCUGGACUCAUUCUAUUACUAUCCUGUGAUUGUUCUGUCUGUCUGGCAUUGUUCUGUUGUAUGUUUAUGUGUGCAGGUAUUUCCUUGAAAGCCCUUGAUGGUUAAUUCCAAGGCAUUGAAAUAAGGAUUUUACCCGAAAACAGCCGUUACUCUGCCCGAUUUUCGUCAGAACCUUAAUGUGCUUAAUGCAAAGUGGUGCUAAGACAAUAAGUUCAUCUGGAUCCCCAAGUGUUAAUGUGUUGGUAUUGAUAAAUCCAAAGGAUGGGAAAACUACCUUGGCUCUUAAUGUCAAGUGUUGGCUUCUUAUUUGGUUAGACUGUUUCUUUCCUUAGCUUUUAUUUUAUGCACUAGGUUAGCCUCUUCAUCUCCUCCCAUUCUUAAAUUUUCAAAAUCUUCUCCCUUUUUCCAAAACAUUCUUAUGUUUGCAAACCUUUUCAAAACCUUUUCUUAAAAAUAUCUUUCGCCCUUAGUGGCUUUUCUUCAAAAGUUUAGACACCGUUAAUUGUCGAAACGAGUGGUUAUACCCCACGAUUUUGAAAUUGAUUGAUAAUAACGAGAUCUUCUCCGCGUGAGAGAGCUAGUGGCAUACUCGUUGAUUUUAUCCGAGUUGGAGCCCUUCUUUCAUUUGCGAUGCAAAGAACUUGUUUGUUCUCAUGCUCAAGAUCAAUGGCUGAGUAUUUCUCUCUAACGACACCAAAGUGUUUAUUCGUUUUUUUAAAAUGCGUUUUCCCAAAAGCGGAACUACAUUAGCUCUGACUUCUCCAUUGCACCGAGGAGGUAUGUAGGCCCAAAGCUUAACGCUUUGCCGAGCUUAUUUUAAAAAUAAAACAAACCGUUUUUAGCACACACACAACACAGAUUUUCAAAAAGGUUCCCGUGGAGUACCACGGAUAUGAGGGGUGCUUUAAACCUUCCCCUCAUAUAAUCAACACCCGAACCUGAGUUCUCUUUCUUGUUUUAAAAAAAACAAAACUUUGGGUUUUACGUUCUUUUCCCUUUUCCUUUGAAAAAAUAAAGCGCGGUGGCGAUUUCAAAACGGAAUAUUGAUUCGAGUCAAUCCCAUGGCUUCGAUGUCAGAUUUUCCCCGCUACACUGACGUGAAGUCAUUGGUAGAAGAAACUCAUAAAUUUGAAUCUCACUAUAUCGUUAAUCUAGUUGGAUCUGAUGAGAAGGUGUGGUUCGAAAGAUCCCCCAUCAAUCAUGUGGAUAAAUUUUCUUGUCCCAUUAUUUUAUUUCAAGGAUUGGAAGAUAAGGUUGUGCCGCCAAGUCAAGCUCGCCUAAUUUACGAUGCUUUAAAGAAAAAAGGUGUGCCGGUUGUGCUUGUUGAGUAUGAAGGAGAACAACAUGGUUUCCGGAAGGCGGAGAACAUUAAGUAUACACUUGAACAACAAAUGGUUUUCUUCGCGCGAGUGAUUGGAGGCUUCAAUGUUGCUGAUAACAUCAUCCCCGUCAAAAUUGAUAACUU